CCAUCGCCCCUCCCAAAAAAUGCUCCUUUUCCAUGUCAUGUUCCUUCCCCCUCCACCCACUAUAACAAGAAACCACCUCUUCCUCUCUCAUCGUCUCUCACCUCCCCCACCUCUCUCUCUCUCUCUACAUCCGAACGCAGCCUCAAAGCUCCUCCUCCUCCUCCUCUCGCCACCGCCCAUCGCCACCACCGCCGCCGCUCCGAUGGCGUCCUCCGAUCCCCAGGCCGACCCGCAGCGCCGCCAGCACGUCGUCGUAAUGCGCCAUGGUGACCGCAUCGACAACUUCGAGCCGCUCUGGGUGUCCACGGCGGCCCGACCCUGGGACCCGCCCCUCGUCGAGGCGGGCUGGGUCCGGGCGUUCUGCACCGGCCGCAAGCUCCGGGAUCAGCUCGGCUUCCCGAUCCACCGCGUCUUCGUGUCCCCUUUCCUCCGCUGUGUCCAGACGGCCUCCGAGGCCGUCUCCGCCCUCUGCGCCGUCGACGACGAGGACCUCACCACCACGAACUCGGAGGCCCUCUCCAUCGAUCCGUCAAGGCUCAAGGUUUCAAUUGAGUAUGGAUUGUGCGAGAUGUUGAACCGGGAAGCCAUCAGAUAUCCUCCUAAAGAUGGGGAUUGGGGUUUUGACAUUGCUGAGCUUGAAGCCAUGCUACCGACUGGUACAGUGGAUCAUACAGUAGAAAGAGUGUAUAAACAGAUGCCACAAUGGGAAGAGACAGUAUUGGGCGCACGAGCUAGAUAUGAGCAAAUUAUUGUUGCCCUAGCUGAUAAAUGUCCUUCAGAAAACUUGCUGCUUGUCACACAUGGGGAAGGAGUUGGAGUGUCUGUCUCAGCAAUUUUGAAGGAUGCAACAGUUUACGAUGUAGAGUAUUGUGCGUAUUCUAAUCUCGAAAGACCAAUCUUUCUGAAGGACGAGUCGUUUACUGCUGGAAACUUUGAGUUACUCACAAACCCUGGCCAAACUGGCAUAAGUUACUUGCCCUCGAGCAGGCUCUCUGAUGGCUUGUGACUGAAAUAGUCAAUUGCCGUCCUAUGAUUGAAGGGAAAGAGGAUCCAAAUCAAUCCCUCUUUGGAACUUGUAGUUUCAGGAUGUGAACUUUUAGUGGCGCGAUUCUCAUCGGUCCCGUGAUUGUAUUGCUGAGACAAAACUUGUUAGAAUGAUGUCUUUGUUUAUGAUUGUUGUCGGUAAUUAUUAUUUUACAACGACAAAAGAGCUACUUUUUUACAACAAACCACUGCUGUUUUGCUGUGUGAUG